AUGGAAUCGGAUGUGCCAGAGCCGGCGGAUGCGCCCAGUGUGGAGAUGAUUCCCAUGCCCUUCCGGAGCAAUGUGGGGUCCAGAGUGGACUUGGGAAGAUCCGAAGCCCCAGAUCCGCCCAGCGCAGCUCCGAAGGAUGUCAAGAUCCAAGUGGACGGUGAGGCUCGAUCCGCCCGCGACUCCCAAGCGCUCAGAAUGGAUUCCUCCCAUUGGAUUCGUCCCAGUGACGGUGCCACCGCUCUGCACCGUGCCGCUGAAAGAGCGAACUCCUCAGUAGUGACGAGGCUCCUCGCCGCCCGUGCGGCCGUGAACGCCGUGGACCAUGAGGGCGCCACAGCACUGCACCGUGCAGCGGCUGUAUCGACAGACAAUGGCGACAAUGGCGAUGUAGUGAAGGUGGUGAAGCAGCUUCUGAUGACACACCACGACUUGAAUCUGAACAGUUGCAAAGCGAGGGUGACGGGCGAUCGCAAGAAAAACCAUCUCCACCAGAUCUGCCGAGCAAAGAUGAAGAUGAUCUACCACAAGCACCAGCAGCACCACCAGCACCACCGCCGCCGCCGCCUGUGCUACAGCCCGAGCCUGCCUCGGACGUACGACUUGAAUCUGAACCGCAAAGAGAGGGUGACGGGCGAUCGGAUCUACCACAAGCACCAGCAGCACCUCCGGCACCACCGCAGACGCCGCCGCCUGCGCUAA